AAAGCUGUUAGAAGGAAGGGCAGUAUCAAGGCUAGGUAACAUGGAGCCUGUUACUAAAGAUGACAAGGCUAUACAUAAAACACUUGCAAAAGUGGGAACUUUGAAGAGAAAAAGACAGAUGAAGAAAUUUCUUGAGCAGAUGCCAAGAGACAAUUGUGAUGACAUCUUUACCUCCAGUCCAUACCAGAACAUCCGAGUAAAGCUGCCACCUCUGGAUAUUUCCAGUGACUUUUCCUUCGAGCUGCAGGAUGCCAGUCGAAGUUCUCAAGAUACAGGACUCUUCUUGGAUGCUACCCCUGAUCUGUCCUAUCUCAAUCCUGAAAUGUUAAAACCUGGAGAAUUAGAGGCUGCUGACCAGUAUGCGUAUAGACUACAAAAAUCAACAAAAAGAACAAAGUUUAAAGUUUGUUGCGUUAAAGAAAAAAAGUUCAACACAGGACCGUGUCCAGUAGAUAAGUGA